CGCUGCGGGCCGGGCGGCGGGGGUGGCCCGGGCCGGCACCGAGCUCGGCGAGGCGGAUGGAGAGUCUGGCCGAGCCCGGUGGUGCCGCCUCCUCGUCGGGCUGGGGACGGCGGGCCAAGGCCUUUGUGUGAGGAGGCGGCGGUGGCGGCGGCGGCGAUGGUGCUGUGUGCCCCGCAGAGCCCGAGCCCUUUGCCCUGCAGACGUUUGGACAUCUAUCUUCUCAUCCUGUCCACAGAUUAAUGGUGCUGAUAAGGUUGAAACUUUAUAGGAUCUGCUAAAAUGGGCAUGAGGAUCAAACUACACAGCACCAAUCACCCCAACAACCUACUGAAGGAGCUCAACAAGUGCAGGCUCUCAGAGACCAUGUGUGAUGUUACCAUUGUGGUAGGAAGCCGCUCAUUCCCAGCUCACAAGGCUGUCCUUGCCUGUGCAGCAGGUUACUUCCAGAACCUUUUCCUGAAUACAGGGCUAGAUGCUGCCAGGACCUAUGUGGUAGACUUUAUCACUCCAGCCAACUUUGAGAAAAUCUUGAGUUUUGUGUACACAUCGGAACUCUUCACUGACUUGAUCAAUGUGGGCGUCAUCUAUGAGGUAGCUGAGCGCCUGGGCAUGGAAGACCUCCUUAGGGCUUGCCACUCCACUUUCCCUGACCUAGAGAGCACAGUUGUGACUAAGCCCUCAACCAGCUCCAGUGAAGGCCGUUCUAGCACCCAAAGUAGCACUUCAGCAGAACCAGCUCAUUCCCUUGGAGAACUCCGGAGUGUCGGAGACCAGUUUGGUCCUGACAGGAACUACAUCUUGCACAGUGAUGUUGGGUUAAGCUAUAAAGAAGAGAGGAAUCCUUCCAGUGACAACAACCAUAGUCUGCCUUUGUUACACCAGCCACCCCCACCUAAGGCAGAAGAGCAUGAUGCCCCUGGCCCAUUCUCUUCAGUUACUAGUAUGGUAGCUCAGCCAGGCCUUGGUACCCUUAGUAUAGGCACAUCAACUAACUCAAGCUCAUUCCAGCCUUUCAAAAUUCAGAGCAAUGGGGACUUUGUCAAAAAUAGCUACUUUUCCCCUGAUAACCCUUUGGAUAUCUCCACUGGGAGUAACUCCUGUCCAAGCAAUAGUGACCACUCCAAAGAUCAGGGUUUUGGACAAAUGGAUGAGCUGCAGUUGGAGGAACUUGGGGAAGAUGACCUGCAGUUCGAAGAUCCUGGAGAAGACCUAGUUCCAACAGAUGAAGUGAUAGAGUUGAGUGACGACAGUGAGGAGGAGUUAACGUUUGGAGAGAACGAAACCCGGGAGAGUAAGGCCAUGCCCUGCCAGGUGUGCAAGAAAGUGCUGGAACCCAACAUUCAGCUGAUCCGGCAGCAUGCUCGGGACCAUGUAGACCUGCUGACAGGCAACUGCAAGGUCUGUGAGACUCACUUCCAGGACCGAAACUCAAGGGUUACCCAUGUCCUGUCUCACAUUGGCAUUUUUCUCUUCUCCUGUGAUAUGUGUGAAACCAAAUUCUUCACCCAGUGGCAGCUGACCCUUCACCGAAGGGAUGGAGUAUUUGAUAACAAUAUUAUUGUUCAUCCCAGUGAUCCACUGCCUGGGAAGCUCGGUCUUUUUGUUGGGGGAACUAGCCCAGAGCUCAAAUGUGCUGCUUGUGGGAAGGUGCUGGUCAGAGAUUUCCACAUGGUCCGGGGCCACAUUCUAGACCACUUAAACUUGAAGGGCCAAGCCUGUAGUGUUUGUGACCAGCGUCACCUCAGUCUCUGCAGCCUCAUGUGGCACACACUUUCCCACCUGGGCAUUUCUGUCUUUUCAUGCUCUGUCUGUGCCAACAGCUUUGUAGACCGGCAUCUCUUAGAGAAGCACAUGGCUGUUCACCAGAGCCUGGAAGAUACACUCUUCCACUGCCACUUCUGCAGUCAGAGCUUCAAGUCAGAGGCUGCAUACCGAUACCACGUUAGCCAACACAAGUGUAGUGGAGGCAGUAGCCUUGAUUCCAGGCCUGGCUUUGGGGAUCGAUUACAGCAUCCAGCUUUCCAGAAGCGGAAAUUGCCAUCAGAUGAGUUCCUGAGUGAGGAACUAGCUCUCCAAAGCCAGUCUGGGAAUAGCAAGUAUAGUUGCAAGGUGUGCGGCAAGAGGUUUGCCCACACAAGUGAGUUCAACUACCAUCGGCGAAUACACACAGGAGAAAAGCCCUACCAGUGCAAGGUGUGCCAUAAGUUCUUCCGUGGCCGUUCAACCAUUAAGUGCCACCUGAAGACGCACUCAGGUGCCCUCAUGUACCGCUGUACAGUCUGUGGCCACUACAGCUCUACUCUCAAUCUCAUGAGCAAGCACAUAACUGUGCAUAAGGGCAGCCUUCCACCUGACUUCACCAUUGAGCAGACAUUCAUGUACAUUAUCCAUUCCAAAGAGGCGGAGAAGAACCUGGACAGCUGAUUGGGCUACAUUAGACCUGAGGGCUUGGUCCCAAAAAGUAGCCAGGAUGUUGCUUUUCCAAUGGCCUGUUGGCCUCUGACUGAAGUUACAUUUUGCCUUGCUAGGAAUUCCAAUUUACAUUGUGUUAAAGGAAGAAAGGAAAGAAAUAGCACACAAACUGAGAAAUCAUUUUUGAGAAGCAAUGACCCUACCAUGUUUACCUCCACACCUGCUCGUGGCCAGCAAAGGCCACGUUUUUGGUUCUUUGGGGAGCUGGGAUUGUGAUCUAGUAACAGAGACAGAAAUUGAUUUCAACUAGGUCCUUACUCCCCAGACUCUCUAGUUUUAGUUCACUGUUAGGUUUUAUGCUGCUAAGAAUCCAACCCACAGCCUCAAUGAAAAGGGGAGGUGAGAAGAAGUCUUCAAACUGCUUUUUAGUUUCACUGUAGGCAUUACCACAGCUCUGUGGCCUCCAGCAGGAUUAACCAGUUAUGAGGAUGAUCUCAGAAAUAUGAUCAUUCAGAUAAUCCAACUAGUCAGGGCAUCCCACCUCAAAUUCUGAGUUGUAGCCUUUAAGGUGUGGUAUUAGCCUGCCACACAGACUUACCCAAAGUUCCUUUAAGUGUUAAAAACCAGUUGGACAAAAUGAAGAACCUUUGAAUUGAAGCAAGAACUUUGGAUUUAAAAAAAGGAGUAAGGCAGAAAAUUUUAAGUAUGGUGAAACCUAGCCCAGAACAAGUUAUCCUGAAGAGCCAUUUGAAAUCUGGGUAUAGGUGUGGGCAGUAAGGUAGAUUUCUUCCCUCCUCAUUUCCAAAGAAAAAUGGUUUUAGGGCAGCCCAGCCAAGGCUUUCAGGAUGUCCCCAAGGGGACAGGGAUAGCAAACCACCCUCACGUAGACAUCUGUUACUCUGGUUCCCUCUAUCCAUCUAAGGGAGUGAACCUUGGGCAUCCUGGGGAGAGGUUGUAACAUUUCUGUCAGCAGUAACCUUGCCUUAAUUUUCACCCAGUCUCCUGCCCAAAAGUGUAUUGUCUUGGCCCAUAGUUAAGAUGGGAAAGAGACCAUAUUGUGAAGGGGUGCUUGUCCUGUAAGUCCUUCCAAGUUGAUGGGACCUGAAUAAUAGUGGCAUUUUGUUGGUGGGGUGUAAGUCUUUACUGCCUGUUUUAAUCAGGUAACACUUUUUGGGGUUCUUUUUACAUGCACUCACAGGCAGGAGGCAAGUAGUGCUAAAGUAGCCCAUCUUUUACUUGCUGGAGUUUAUCUUGAUCUGUCCUUGUAUCACCCCUAGAGGAUACUAUUGGAUGGACCUACCCAGUCCACACACAGAAACUGGCUGAUCCUUAUUUUAUUUUGUUUAUGAAAGGGUCAUGCCCAAAGAAGGAGGGAGGGAGGGAUCCCUCUGAACUUGAUCUUGCAUGUUCACAAGGUAGCACCCUCAUCCAGAGUUGCCCUCAGUAACUCAUACUACCUCACCCAGAGCAAAUGCACUGGGAGUUCACAGCCACAGCCACACACACUGCCACCUGUGUGAACUUGGCAACGCCCAGUGCCAUUUCACAAGCAAGUGAUUUUAAUUAACUCUCAAAGCCUUUUUUAAACUUUAAUAUUUAUUAUUUUUGUAUACAGAUCAUCCAGCAUCCGCUUUGUAUGACAGAUUUCAGGAAAAUGAGGUUCCCAGCAAUGAGUGGCCACAGCCUAGGAAAUAGUUCCUAUCCAGGGAUUUUGGUGACAGGGGUACAACCCAACAGAGAAUAAGCCAAAUAGGUCUUAACCUAGCCUAGUCUAACUGAGACGUGCCCUCCUCCCACAAAUAGAGGGGAUCAUUUCCCUUUCCCCAAAUAGAUUCCUCACUAUGAUAAUAAUCCUAGAGAACACUUUCAGCAAUGGCCUGACCUAAGGAAUCUGGGAACAAAGAAUGCCCUAAUAAUGGAAACUUGUUAAUUUCCUAAUUAACAAUUAAUUCCCUCUUCCCAAAUCACCAGGCAGAGUUAUCUGAGAGACAUUUUAAAGAAGGCAGAAGACUAGGUUCAGUGGGCCAGUGAUUUCUUGUCUUUGUACCCCUUCCAAAUUAGGAAGUUGUCAUUUCCCUGUUAAUUAAGAGCAAGAUGGGCAAGCCAAGUUCCCAUCGAUUGACUUGCUGAUUCUUUGCUUCAAGGUGCUGUUGUUUCUAAAUGGAGCCCCAUUUUCUAGCCAUGAAACAGCAAAAGCAGUAUCUUACUUAGAAGUAGAACAACUCUUUCUCCAUAGUGUCUGUUAAGGCAAUUGGGAUGUAGUCGUGAGGAGACAUGAACAGAAGCCAUUGUAGGUCCAGUUUCUACUAUCUACCACCAACCUGUUGGAGUCUUCCUUGAUAAACUUAACAAUGAAAAUUGAACUGAUAUUAAGGUGAUGGUGCCUGUUGUUAGCAGGCCCUUCCUUUUCCCUCUUCCCCUUCAUCAUAACAAAUAUAAAAGAUUAAUGUGAUGUAAAAAUUAGAGAUGGUCAGGCAGCCACCAAACUCGUCUACCCUGAGUAAGUUUCUCUCCCUGGUAUGCCCCUCUCUUUACCUCCCCCUCCAACCCCCAGCAGCAGUUGGGAAGUAAGUGAUUUUUAGAUGGUGGGAUUUAGAAGAAGCAAUACUAACUAGGGCCUAGUCAAAGAGACAUGCUAGAAAAAUCCUUUCCUUGUAUCUAAGAGCUUGGGUGCUGAGUGGUCUGUGAAUUUUAACUGAAGCUGUGAAGUUUUUGUUUUCUUUUAGUAAACCAAAUAAAAACACAUCCCAGAAGCUUUUUCCCUAAAACGCUAAGCAAAAGACUGUAGUCCCUUAUUCCUGGCCUAAAGCUAGGAGGAAAAACCACCCCUACAGCAGUCCUUCCCUACCAAAGGGUGGUGUUUAUGUGUGCUCAGUCCCAGUCAGACAUGUAGCAGCACCAGUAGCUAGUGAGACCUCUUAACCAAAUCCCUUUGCUCUGUGCUUACCCAUAUUCAUUCUUGGACCUCUUUUGUGUUUGGAGCUUUCUAUUUUCUCUGCUUUCUAGCUCACCUUGUUCUGAACUGGCUAUUAUAACACCAUAGUCUUGUAGCAAAAGAUACUCUAAUAGAUUUUUUUUCAUUUGGAGUCUGGUUUACAGCUUUUCAAUUCAUUUGGCUUUUUUCUCCCCUCUUCUCCUUGGAACACAGUAUUCUCUCCUCCUGUGCUGUCUAGUCUCUGUCUUACCUUGAGUCUACUCUUCCUCUUCCUUAGCCCUGUCUUGCCAAACCCAGGUUCUAGGUUUGGAAUUUAAGAAGUCUCCUCCAUCCCCAUAGCUGGUUAGGAAUAGAGGCUUAGUCAAGUCAGGCCCUUUUCUGGGAGAAAGAGGCCCCUGGAGGGUUUGGAAGAAAGUCAGCAUUCUCCCUGACUUCCUCUCCUGAAAUGUGAAUGCAUACUCUUUGAGAAAAAGCUUGUGGUACCAGGUACCUUCUCAAUUUUUUUGCUACUGAUAAAUUCUCCCCCAGCCAUUUCUCCUGGCCUCUGGUUCCCUAUUCCAUGGGCUGCUCAGCUUUGGAAAUGAAAAAUGUUAUUUAAAGCUAUUUAUGUAGAUGGAAACACUGAAUUUUCCAGAUGGGGUCAAGGAGUCUCAAAUGGCAUAGAACCCCACACACACAGCUCUUCGGCUCUGUCCCUAAAUCCUGUACUGAGAGGAGCACAGAUAGGAAAUAGCAACAGAGUGUUAGUUUCCACGUGAUUACCCAUUUUAAAGUCAACAUCAGGAUGAAAAUGAAAUUGAGUUUUGAUUUUGAUGUUUCCUUAAAAUCCUUCCCUCUCCCAACCCGUCCUUCUUUGCUCCUAUAUCUGAAGGCUCUUUCAUAAAGCAGAGAAGAGUUGUCAUUGACAUCUAACCCCUUUCAUUAAAUUAAUUGUAGGUACUGACCUAAUAUUUAAGUGUUUACUAUCUAUUGCUGUAAAGUUUUGUAUAUUUUGUAAACUUUUUUUCCCAAAUAGUAGAUGUCUAAAAUCGUUGUACAUCUGAUUCUUUUAUACUCCAUUGUUCAGCACAAAGUGUGGUUUUUAUUUAGAAUAAAAAAAAGGAAAUUUGA